UUGUACAGUGAAGUCGAUUGUCCGUCUCGUCUCACCGUCGAUUAAUUUGCAUAUUUUUAUUUUCGAGGUGUUAAAUCAUUUAAAAAUAGUAUUUAAAUUUUCGUUCGUAAUUAUCAGACUUCCUAAUAGUCACUGAAAUAUGUGGAACAUUUUCUAAAACGGUAAUAAUAUUAUCACGUUGUGAUGGAGCUAAAUGUCAAAAAAUUCAGUGGAUUCGUGCCAAUGGUCAAGAAAUUGUAGCUGAUGUGAAAAUUAGUUAUUUGUGCGUUUAUUGAAAAACUGAUGGUAUCUGAAACAUUAAAUGCAGUGUUAGAUUAUUUAGAUUUUCUUCGGAAGGAAUUUUCGGCGUGGUUUAUCAAUCCAAUUGGAUUGGAUGAUUUAACAAUUUUGAAAGAGCGAAGUUUUCGAUAAGUGCGUGUAGUUCACAAUGAGUUCUCUACCGCCGGUGGAGCUGGAGGUGGAGGUGGUGGAUGACUCCAUGGAGGAUGAUACCACCGACAUGAUCCCCGCUGACAGGUUCACAUUGCCGGCGCGUGCUGACGCUGUGGUGGAGCUGUGGCGCGCCAAGUUGGCGGAAGGCGUGCUCUCCCCCGCGCACUUCCAGGAUCACUGGAGGGUCACCGUGCCCAGGAUAUACUCGCCGCAACCAAACAGGACAUGUCUCGAUUGGUCGUUCGACGAGGAGCUGGCUCAGAAGCUGUUGAUCCAGCCGCUGGAGCAGUUCGUAUGGGGCGGCAGUGACGCCUCGCAGGCGCCGAUGCCGCGCCGCUCCACUCUUUGCGGACGCGUCUUCAAGCAGGGCGAGCCCGCCUACAGCUGCAGAGAGUGCGGUAUGGACAACACUUGCGUGCUUUGCGUGGAGUGCUUCAAGGUGUCAGCGCACCGGCACCACAAGUACAAGAUGGGUCAGUCUGGUGGUGGCGGCUGCUGCGACUGCGGAGACACCGAGGCCUGGAAACGAGAUCCAUUCUGCGAACUUCACACCGCACCAGAGAACGACGAACAAGAGUCGCAGACCAGCAUCAGCGCUGAUGUGGUGGAGCGCAUGAAGAUCCUCGCCUCCGUCUGCUUCUCCUAUUGCUUCCGGCUGCUGACCCUCGACCACGCUCCCGGUCUGCCUAACGAACUUAGGCUGAAGGAUGGAGAGAGAGAUCUGCUGCAGAUCCUGGACCAACCGGACUGCUACUGCACCGUCAUGUACAACGACGAGACACAUACCUUCGAACAGGUGAUAGCGACUCUGACUCGCGUGCUGAAGGCGAACCACCGCGACGCCGUGGAGCUGGUCAGCCUCAUUGACCGCGAGGGUCGCGCCCUCGUCAAGUGCAACUCCUUCCAGAUAUGUGACAAGCUCAAGACUGAUAUCGAGGCGUUCACAUCUCGACACGGGCCAGUGCUGAAGGUGCUCGUGAUGCACGCGCACGUCGUCGCCCACCAGCACUACGCCAUGAAGCUGCUGCACUGGCUUCAGAACUUCGUAUGCAAGGAGCCGUCUCUCCGUCUGGCUGUGAGUCAGGUAGCGCUGGGGUCCGAGGUGGGCGGGGCUGUGGGCGCGGGGGGCGUGGCGGGAGCGGGGGGCGUGGCCGCCGGUGUCAUGCAGAAUGACUGCCGCAUGUGGAAGGCGGCGCGCACCGCAUGGCACCGCCUCCUCAUUGCCACCACGCUCAUGGAUUAUGACACAAAGCGGAAUAUGGCGAUAUUGUUCACCAAAUACUACGGGUCGAUGUUAAAGGACUUUAUCCGGGAUGAUCAUGACCACUCUUUCUCCAUCUCCUCGAUGUCGGUGCAGCUGUUCACCACACCCACUCUCGCCCACCAUCUUAUUGCGAAGCACGAUGCGUUAUUCGUCGUAAUGAAUACCUUCGUUAGUGAAUGCCUCAGGCGGUGUAAUAGCAAGGGUCGUCUGGAAUUCGAUCGCAACCAUGUAUCUAUGGCGUUCAAGCGAGCUCAGUUCAUUUUAUACGACGUGAAGUACCUCCUUGGCUCUGUGCCGACCACCUUUGAUGAUGAUCUGCGCAAAGGAUUCCUGCAUGGACUCUCCCUCAUCAUCUCCCUGCUGGUUAUGAUGCAGGGCAUGGACUCUGUUGUCAGACAGCGCGGUCAGCAUAUGGAAUACGAGCCGGAGUGGGAGUCCGCGUUCAAUUUGCACGUGAAGCUGGCCAACAGCAUCACCCUGGCGCUGGAGUGGUGCGGUGCUGAGCGCGGUCUGCUCGCCUCCGCCUACCGCAUGGCGCUGCGCAGACACGCAGACACGUGCACACACGAACCUCAUCAGCUCAGAGAAUUGGGCAACCAGAGUGCGCUGGUGAUACCCUACGAUGUGUCAUCAGAGCCGGUGUCAAUCCAUCGGCCAUUGUCGCGUUUCAUCGCCGGUCUGCAUCUCCAUCUGCAGCGACAUGGCCUCGCCUACCACAGCAGGGAGUUCGACCGACAUGAUAGACCCAAACCUACACCAGAGGAACUCAUUGAGCCGGUGUUAUGUACAAUGGCGAUGAUAGCGCAAGUACACGCAGGAAUGUGGCGGCGCAAUGGUUACGCUCUUCUCAACCAGCUCUACUUCUACCACAACGUGAAAUGCCGCACAGAGAUGCUGGACCGCGAUGUUGUCAUGCUGCAGAUCGGUGCAUCCCUUAUUGAGAGCAACGAGUUCAUAAUCCACGUACUGAACAAGUUCAACCUGCUGGAGUGGGCUGCACCUGACUUCGAGCAGCAGAACGUGGAGUAUGACACCUUGCGUCAGACCAGCAGCAUGGUUGAGGAGUUCCUCGGUCUGCUCAUCACUGUGGUUGGAUCUCGGUAUGUGCCUGGUGUUGGUGAGGUUAGCAACGAGGAUCGCACCAAGAAGGAGAUCAUACAGAUGCUGUGUGUCAAACCCAUGCCACACUCUGAACUCAACAGAUCUCUCCCAGAAGACCAGUUGCACGAAACCGGUUUGGAAGCUGUGAUCCAUGAAGUGGCAGACUUUGUGAAACCGAAGGGUGGCAACAAUCGUGGCAUGUACAAACUGAAGCCGCAUUUGUAUGAUGAAUAUGAUACAUUCUUCUAUCAUUAUACACGAGAGGAACUGUCCAAGAGUGAGGAGGAGCAGAGGAAUAGACGGAAGGCUGCUGGGUUACCGGAGUGCUGUCCUCCACCGCCGCUGCCGAAGUUGUCUCCUGCAUUCCGCCUGCUGGCCAGUCUGCUGCAGAGUGACGCGGCGCUGCACGUGCUGCGCUGCGUGCUCGAGCGCGCCCUAGAUCUGCGCGCGCGCGCCUUCUCCGAAACACAAGUGCAUAAGGCACUACAUCUGAUUGGAUACGCGGUGCGAGAUGAAGAGAGCGGACACUACGAGUUUCUUGCGUUCGCGGAGAGCGCACAGCGCAGCGGUCUUCUCGACCUGCUGCAGAAGCUGUGCUCCUGCGCACGAGUGGAGCCUCAUCUGCCACUCGCCAAGUGGUUGCUGGCCAGGCUCAAAGCUUUGCUGGGUCAGCCGGAUGAGCAUGCGGGUGAUGGUGACAAUAUGGACACCGACCAGGGACAAAAGGCCUCCGAGGACUCUGCAGAUGUAGAGAAGAGCCGCCGCGCCAAGCUGGCUGCGGAACGUCGCGCCAAGCUGAUGGAUCAGAUGAAGGCGCAGAUGAAUAAGUUCAUAUCCAACAACGCGGUGCUCUUCGAGGAGACCAACACUGAGGUGACGGCGGAGGAGCAGGAGCUGCGUCCGCUGUACGCGGGUGCUGCGCUGGGUGUGUGGGGGGGCGGAGUACCAGACCCGCCGCGUGUCUGCAUCAUGUGCCAGGAGGAGGCUCGUGUGGAACUGAACGUGGAACCCUUGGUGCUGGUUGCGUUCGUGCAGCAGUCGACAGUGCUGAGCCGGCUGAGGGGUGUGGUCAGCUGUCCUCGAGAUGCCUACCUAGCUGCAGGUGUUGGAUCUCAGCCUCAUGUCUCCACAUGCGGACAUGCUCUGCAUGCACGCUGCUGGAGGAAGUAUGUUGAUGGUGUGCGAGAUAAGGAGAAGAUCAGACCGUACCGGCUGCGUCAACCGGCGGCAUUCGAUGUUGAGAAGCGCGAGUACCUGUGCCCGCUGUGCGAGCGGCUCUGCAACACGGCCCUCCCCCUUGUACCCGCCCCCACCCUGCCGCCCGGCUCCCCGCCCCCACUCAGCGAGGACACCUACAACGAUUCUGUUGAACUUAUACUGCGGAUGAGGCAUCAGGUGUCAUCUGAGGCAGUGCACGUGUGCACGGAGUACUGCGAGGACAUCCACUGCGUGGCGCGCGCCCGCAGCGUCGGCGCCACCUCCUCCGAGACGGAGGAGGAGCCCGAGCCGGAGCCCGAGGUGUAUUCCUCCACGCACGCGGAGACCGUGCUCUCGCCCGAGCUGAUGGCCCACUUUUCUGCCUCGCCUUCGAGCCAGAACCAGGCUUUCACGCUCGUCGAGGACUUUGUGAGGACGAUGCCGCUAGUGUGCAACUCGAUGGAAACCGGUGGUCUGGUGGCGAUCGCAGCCCUGUACCGCUCCACCGCGUACACGGUCAUGUCUACGAACUCGGUGCUACAGGCGGAGGAGCGGCCGCUGCUGGGAGAGCUGCCCUCGCGCCACCGCGACGCGCUGCAGGCGCUCAUCCGCCUCGCCGCCGCCAUGCCCUCCAUCUGGGAGACGCCCAAGCACGUGUCUCACCACGCGCUCUGCACGCUGCAUGCCCUCGCAAAGACCUCGCCCCUCACCCACGAGGUGUUCGGUGCCCUCGUCGCCCUCGUCCUCACCGUGCCCUCUCUCUUCUGCAAGCCCGCAGGUCCCGCGCGCCCCACGCACCUCGCGAGACAGAUCGCCCUCGACGCCUUCCGCGCAGAAAUGACCAAGGCCCUCAUCGCGCUCGACGUCAGCGCCUGCACCAGCCAGCCCAUGGAGGACCAGGAGGAGUACAAAAUUCCCGCCGACCUCGAAAACCUGCUACCGCUCAUGAAGGAGCUACGGCGUGGCAACCUGCAGAUCGAGGAGCUGAGCGCGCCCGAAGUGUGGGAGAAGCUCAAACGGCAGUGCCACACGUUCCUGAGGUGCUGCUGCCUGUUCUUCCAUUUCCUGAGCGACAUCAUCCCGCCCACGGAGCUGACGGUGCGCGACGGAGACACCUGGGAGGUGAUGUGCGGGUACCUCAACCUGCCAGCCACCUUCCGCGAGCUGAUGGACACGCCGCUCGCUAGGAAGAAAGCGUUGGAGUGGUCCUCGUACUCGAACAAGUGGUUCCGCGGCGAUCUCAAGCCGGAGAUCGUGUUGGACCCGGGCGAGCCGCCGCGUCUCGUGCCUCUGCCCGACGACUUCUCCGAGCUGAUGAACGUCAUGUCCGAGUUCUCGUGCCCCAACUCGGAGCGCGAGGACAGCAAGUUCCCCACCAUGUGCCUCGUGUGCGGACAGAUUCUCUGCUCGCAGAGCUACUGCUGCCAGAUCGAGGUGUCUGGUAGAGGCGGAGUGACUGAGCACGUGGGCGCGGUGGUGGCGCACGCGGCGCAGUGCGGUGCGGGCUCGGGCGUGUUCCUGCGCGUGCGCGACUGCGAGCUGCUGUUGCUCGCCGCCGCAGCGCCUUCGCGCGGCGCCAUGCUGCCUGCGCCUUAUCUAGAUACCUACGGAGAGACCGACCAGGGUCUGCGUCGCGGCAACCCGCUGCACUUGUGCCCCGAGCGGUACGAGCGUCUGCGCAUGGUGUGGCUGUCGCAUGGCGUGCAUGAGCGCAUCGCGCGCGGCCUCGAUGCCAAUGUAAUGGUGGGCAACACAUGGCAGAACAUGUGAGGCGCCGCCCUGCCGCCGCCGCGCCGACACCCGCACAACCCGCACCACGAGCCAGACAUCGAGCCCGAGUACUAAGUGCCCGGGACGGACACGUGUCCUGUGCAGAGCGGCGACACGUGUGACACGUGCGAUGCUGCGACGACAUAAGACACUUGUGUGCUGUGUAGCGAGUGUAGUGCCGGAACUAUAAGUCACGUCCGUGAGUGUAUCAAAGAGACACGCGCGUGUAGUGUACGU